CCUUCUCUCCCUCUCUCCCUCUCUCUUUCUUUCUAAAUGCUGCAUUUUGUUGAGGCAAAACUCUCUUAUGUUAGUUGGUCUACAUCUGUUAACCACAUGGAUUACAGGAAAUGACUUAUUAAGGUAUUGCAUUGAUAUGCUUGUGGGCUGCAACGCUGUUUAGUAGCUUAAAAUGUUAAAAGCAGAUGUUAUGCGUUUGUGGAGAAUAGAAAGAAAACCUUUUACUAUUUUGUAUUCUAUAAGUCUCCAAUGUUAUCAUUGUUAUGAAUAAGUGACAGUCAUAAGUAGUUCAAGGUUAGAUAUGAUACUGCAUGAUAAAGACAUGAAAAUUAAAAAUAUAAUAUUAUGACAUAUUAAGAUUUCUACUUCAAAAAUUAUAGAUAAAAUUAUGGAAAUUAACAAACGUUUAGAACUUAUAGAAGAAACGUUUCUUGUAUUAACCGAAGAUUUAUUAAAAUAUGGAGUAACAAUUAACGACCUAAAAAUGACCAUCGGCAUGACGGAUAAUAUAAAAAUAAAUAAUAAUGAUAAUGCGUAUUAUUUCAGAAAAGCAUUUGUUGUUAUAUUAAUAUCCGUUAUUUAUGGUUUAUUUUUCACGUAUUUGUACAUUGAUGUUAUAAAAAAAAAUUUGUAUGAAACUCGUUGUAUCGUGCCAAACAAUUAUUUGAUAUGGGAAUUUACAAGACCGAUAUCAAAUUGUGAUUAUUGUCGUAACAUCAAUAUGCCAAUAAUAUUGUCAAAUGUGACUAAAAAGGAAUUUGAAUCUUAUGCUUAUUCAUCCAAACCUAUAAUAAUAAAAAAUGCUACCAGCCAUUGGCCAGCAUCGAAUAUCUUUAGUUUUGAAUUUUUUCAAAAUUUAUACGAGCAUAUCGAAGGUGCAUAUGAAUCAAUAGAAGAGGAAAGUCAAUUUUUACAUUUUAACAGCGACUUCAAUAACUUGCGUGAAGUCUUUGCAAUGAGCAAAGAAAGAGCGAUGAAUGAGGAAGGUGAAGAGCCAUGGUAUGUCGGUUGGAAAAAUUGUCAUCCAGAAGUUUUAGAUGUCAUGAGACAAUUUUAUAACGUGCCGGAGUUUUUCCCAGAUGAUGCAGAAGUACCACAGACAAAUUAUAUAUUUAUGGGCUAUAAACAGGGAGCUAAUAUGCAUCUUGAUUAUAUAUCUCGACUGAUGUGGCAAGGACAACUCAUAGGUAGUAAAAAAUGGAUUCUUGCACCGACUCCUGAAUGCAAUCAUGUUUGUAAACCAUUUAAUUUCUCUGUUGACACUGGAGAUAUUAUUCUUUUGGAUACAAGAAUAUGGUAUCACAGUACGUACACAGAAAAUGGAAAAUUUAGUUUAACUAUAUCCUCUGAAUAUGGAUAGACAAAGAUGAUUUGAUAUCGGUAUAAUCUUCCUUUUAUUUUCUAGCUCUAAUGAUCUUUUAGUACAAAAUAAUAAGUACCUUGUAAAUUAAUUAUUACUU